GCUGUUACACCACAGUUGUUUCUACAAGUUUAUUUACACCAUUAUUGUUGUUUAUCGGAAAUGUUUUUUUACAGAGCAAUUAUCUCGAACACCAGAUCCUGCACUACAUAAAGCUCGUAUAUCAGAGAUUAGCAUUUCUGAGAUGUUGGUACGAAGGCUUUCCACUGAUAAGUUGGUGCAGGAUGAACUUCGGAAAAAAAUGAAAGAAGAAGACAACAAAAAAUCUGCUCGGAUAAAAUUAAAGCAACAAGAAGAGAUGUCUUUCACACAAUGCAACAAACAAAGACUCAACAAUAAACAACAUGAUUCUAAGAAACAACAAUCUUACAAAACUUCAAAAAUUAUACCAACCACAGCACUCCAAUCUGAUAGAAGUCAACCAAUCACAGAGCUAAAAUCCAUUGAUGUCAAAAGCCAACCAAUCACAACACCUGAUCCUACCAAUUCUAGAAACCAACCAAUCACAUCAUUUCAAUCUUCUAUUGCAAAAAAUGAACCAAUCACACCACCCCGUUCUACCGAUGUUAAAAGUCAACCAAUCAAUAUGCUUCAAUGUAGCAACACCAAAAACCAGGUGACCAGAGCACCCCAAGCAGAUGCUAAAAAACAGUCAAUGACAGGACUUCAACAUGCUAUGAAUCAACCAAACACCUCCAAUCUGUCAUUGACUCCAAACAAUCAACUAAUCACAAGUCAACUUGCCUCUAGAAGUGAAAAUCAACCAAUUACAAAGAAUUUAUCAUUAAUGACUGUAAAUAAUGAAGUGUUCAAUCAAUCAACAUCACAGUUGUCAGAAAUUUCAGGAAAGACAUCAAGAACAUCAAAUUCAUUGAUCUCUCUCAAUAUGAACACAGAUCAUAAACCCAAAGUAAAUAAAGAUUUAGGAAGUGAACCACAUAUGUUAAAGGAAAAGGCAGAACCUUAUGUACCGAACAAGCAAGUUAAUGAUGGCCCGUACAAGAUUACAAGUGGUAAAAACAACAUGCAAUAUAUUGAAGAAUGCUCUAAGCCAAUAAGCAAUGAUACCAAUGUAUCGAUUGAGUUGUCUACAAAACAACCCACAAAUAUGAAGUUGCAAACAUCAGAGGAAGUUACAAAACUGUCAGAUCAAGCAUGUGGAAACAAAAAAUCACUUUUCUAUAACAAUGGAAAAACAUUAGAGAAAUAUGCAUCUUAUACCGAUCAAACAAUGGAAGAUACUGAGGUUACCGAAGGGUUGUCGAACAAACAGAGCAACGCAGCAACAAAAGGAUGGAUAGGUAAUUCUUAUUCUAAACAAGAUGAAGAAAGUGUAAUGCACCAUGGUACAUCAUCAGUUGGAUCUAGCAUUGCUGACAGUGAUGGACCAGCAGAAUGGAGUGUGGACGAACUUGAUGAUAAUGACACACUCUUCCUUGUUACUUCAUCUAACAAUGGAUUUCGUUCAGGCAUCUCAUCCCCAUAUAUUCUACGACCUGAAGCUCAAACUUCGUUCUCCAAUCAAUUUUACAACAAAUCUGACUACGAUAUGAUAGAGAAUGAUACAGAGGGAGAUUUUGAUCAUCUGUUACAAGAGAUGGAAGAAAGGGAUGCAUUUACAUCAGGAGGUUUAAAGCGCGUAGCACCUUUUAGUGACUUGUCGUCAGUGGCAAGACCUUCUAGCCUAUCUUCAUCAGAAUAUGAAGCAAGUCGAUCUUCAACUACUAACAAUGAGGGUUUAUCAAAUUCAAAUCCAUGUAAAGACAACAGCAAUCGGAGGAAAGCAGAUUUCCAUAGUUCAACUAACGCAACAACAGUGUGUAGCAAAGAUACACUAAAUAUGGAAACAACUGAGAAUGACAACAAGGAAGACUGGAAGAAUAAAGAUCUAAAUGAUAAACACAAAUCUUUAUCAUCUACAACAAAGUCAAAGACAUCUAGUCAAAAGAUAGAUAAUGUCUCAAGUGUAAUUAACACAAUGUCCGAGCAAAGUCCAAUGUUUGUCAACAUGAAGCCGUCCUUAACACGAUCUUUAUCAGAAAAUCAAAGCAACAAGUCAGCGUCAUCUAUUCCUAAAAUAACCAUCUCUAAUUCUAAUGAAACUAAAAAAGAAAGUGAAAAGCCUUUAAAAUUCAGUGAAAACAUUUCAAGUGAAUUUAAAGUUUCUACACAAAUGAAUGAAACUCAAAAAAAUGAUCCACCAAGCAACUUAGUAAAGAAUAUGUCAAUGCAAAUUGAGCAGAACCUACAGAAGUCAAAGGGCACCUACCACAACAAGUUUACUACAAAAAACUUAAAUACAUCUCGGCUACCAGUUUCACCUCUUGUUACAUCGGAAAAUAAUUUUGGUAGCUCAAACAAACUUUCAAAUGAGAACAGUGAAAGUAAAAUGAGUGUUCCCAACUCAAAUAAAGUUUAUGCGGUCCAUGGUAAAAAAUAUUUUGACAGUGAUAGUGAAGACAGUGGUAGUGAUAUGGAAGAUGAGAUGCUUGAAUCUGCUACAAGCUCAGUUCCAAUUUAUCCUGAAGAGAUGGAAGAGCCAGGGUCGUCCAAUUCUCCCCCUGGAUCAGGAAGCUCAAUUAAAAAGUCAAUAUUUUUCCGCCGAACAACAUCAACUGAUAAUUUUGAAGAGCUGUUGAUGAAAACAACGGAAACUCCACGUCCAAGGCGAAACAAGCCUGGAAAUUCUACAAAAACCAAAUCUGCGUCUUCUCUUCUAUCCACACCAGAUACAAUAUACAAAUCCUCUACAUGGGUUAGAUCUGUUUCACUUUCUCCACCCUCACAACAUGAAGAUGGAGAUAAUGAUGGAAAGCUGAAUAAUAUUCGAAGAAAUUCGGAGCCUUCUUUCACUUCAACUGUAAAUAAUGAUGUAGCAACUAACAUUGUUUCAAAUGAUCUUAAUAUAUCAAAAACUAAUUGUCCUUUGCAGGAGAAACAAACAGUUGUUUCAAUACCACCUCAGGUAUCUAGUUCUGCCAAUUCCUUCUGUGGAUUAUCAAUAAACAAUGUAUACGGUCCGUUACCUCGAUGUGUGUCUUGUGGAACAGUCUCUACUCUCGGAAGAAAUGAUGAAACCCAUGUCACAAAAAUUGUUCCUAAAAAUGAACUGAACAUGCCAACUGAACGCUCAACAGUGAAGAAAGUUCAUUCAGUUUCUUCAUCCACCCAAGUAAGUCCAGACAGGGAAGUAGCUCCAAUAUUUCCAUCCAUCGAUCUUUGUCAACUCACGGCAUUAAUUGAAGCUUUAAAGGGCGCACGAGGUUUAGUAAAUCCACAGGAACCAGUGACUGACAUUAAAAGUUCUAAUUAUUCAGCACCAGUUCCCCAGCAAAACCAUCAAAGUCAGUUUAUGAAAGGUCACCCUGUCACAAAGGAACCUAGAUCUUCUUCAGUUAUCCCACUUCUUGUACAUAAAGAUAAAUCAACAUCAACCAAUAUUUCUGGACAACCUCAAAUACAUCCUGAAGAUACCAUUCUAUUCCCAAGGGUUUAUUCAUCCCAUACUACGGAUCUUCACACAACACACACUAUGCAUGGAAAAGUAGAUGCAUCUGUGGGUACAGACAGCAUCAUACAUCAUGAAAAAAGAUACACAAAUGUGUAUAACAACCCACAACCACCCAUGGAAAGAUAUCAAGCACAAAGAUGUGCAUAUCAUAGUUACUACCCUCAAGAAAGCAGAGAUUUUUUACCAAGACCAAUGUACAUGAGACGUGAAUAUAAUUAUGAGCAAGAUUACUAUUGCCCUGAUAACAACCCAAGAAGAAGAUGCUAUGAGUAUGGUAGAAGUCAAAGUGAAAAAAAUUAUAACGCAAUGUACCCUGAAAGUGGUCUAAACCAGUGGCCACGUAACUACAGCUAUGACCAUCCUUCCAAAUACAAUGAAUAUAUCCACGAUGAUUUUGAUGACUCCAUUAUAUAUGAAGAAGGUCCAGGUGAUUUUCAAUUAAACUCAAACAGGUAUGGUCAUGUCAGAAAUCGUGAUCAGUUCAUAAUGAAACAUCGGCCAACCAUCAGGGGUGUAAACAGAUACACAAACAGAACUGAAGAGAACAGAUAUAAAACAGAUGGAAAUUCAUUUGAAGAACAAAUAAAUGAUUCAAACCCACUUCGAAGAUCAUUAUCUGUUCCAACAGUUACCAAACCAAACAUUCCUCCUUGUUACAGUGCUGGUUCAAGGCGGGAUAUGCAAAUGGAACCCAACUAUGGAGAAAGUAAUAUUAUUGGUGUUUACGAAAACACAAGACACAAUGUAUGUGAACAAAGUUUUCAAAGAGGUCAUCACCAUGUUGAUAUGAUGAGGAAUAAUCCUCACUUACCGUCGGAUUCCCGACACAUAAUACAAACAACAUCAUCUGCAAAAUCAUUUCCAGCUCCAUCACAAACUUCACCCAUACGUUCAACGCCACACACUCACAUGGUUGGAAGUGGCAAACCCAACAAUGAUGUUAAGGAUGACCAAAAGUUUUCAUUUUCAAGAUCUGUCUCCACCUCCUCAAGGAUGAGUGAAGAGUUAAGCGGAUAUGAUCAUGAUAUUUCUCAGUCUCGUCGUCAUCUUCCAGAUCCCCCAGAUGAGGAUGAAUACAGAUGGAGGUACAACAGCGUUAAGCGUCACAACAUCUUACGUACAAGAAGUGUUGGGAAAGACCGAACUGAAGAGGGACCUGUCAGGGGAACUCACCGGUUGAAACAAACUAUUGAAGAUUUAGAUCAACAAGAAAAAGAAUUAGACAUGAAAUUGAGGUAUCUAGAGUUGGGAAGACAAAGCAAAUCUAAUUCAUCAUUGGUGAAUGCAUCUGUACAUGGAACAGACAGACAACAUUCAAGACAUGUGGCAAUGGUGGAGAACAGAAACAAUGAUUCGACUACUGUUGAUCAUAUGCGUGAUAAUUCAACUGCUGUGAUGGGAUCAACUUCAACUGACAAUUCACGUAACUAUGUUAUCGUUGAUGAUAUUAUGCAAAUCAUUCCCCAAGAUGGAGGGAGUACAAAGCAAUCGAAAUCAUCUAACCAAAACAACUUGCAACAACACCAUGUCACCGCCUGUGACCAAAGCAAUGAAAAAGUAAAGAGAAAUUACUCGCAACAUGAAGUUGGAUAUGCUACACGUGGCCGUCGUGUUGAAAAUGGUUUUGAUGAUUUUUUUGCUUUCGAAAGUCCGGUCGUUCACCAACAAAGUGGUCACUACACGCAUGACCGUAACCAAAUGAGCACAAAAAGAGUAUCAGAAAGAAAUUAUUCCGAUUAUGAAAGUACAAGUGAGAGGCAGCGUAUGAGAGAUCCAAGAAAUCACCUGGAAAACCAAGAUCACAAGGAUCAAGUUUAUCAUGUUCGUUAUGCGCGUUUAGAUGAUGGUGAGAUUGCUAAGCCAUGGAUAAAUAUGAGGAAAGGCAAGAAUCUGGAAUAUGAUGUAGGUGCAACAAGAGAUGCAUACACAAGGGAUAUGUACAUGGUUGAUUGUGCAAAUCAAGCACAAAAUUCCUACAAAGUUAGUAAAGAUUCUCUUGGGAAAGUGGCUGAUUUAAACAGAGGAUCAAAUGUUUAUAUUAAAACUGUUCCAUCAAGAAAAGCAAGGGAAACAUACAGAACACUAACUGCAGCUGAACAGUAUGAUCUGAUACAAGAUUCACGUUCAAGCUGUAAUAUGAAUCCUGAAGAAUUGAGAGAACAAACUAUUGAUCGAUCACCAUAUGGUGAACCAGAUGAUAUGAGGACAGUUGUGUCAGACACAGAAGCUUAUUACCUGGAGAGAGAGAUGAAUGAUUGGUUUGAGAAACCCGACAAUGACUUGAAUGAAAGAAGCAAAGCUACAGACUAUGCAGACUUCUCCAAUGGAUUCGAUUUGGGAAGAGAAUAAAAUUAUCGGUAUAGAGCCUUUAAUUGUAAAAGAAUAGAAAUUUCCUCAUAAGUUUUAUUAAAGUUUAGUUUUCACUGAUAUUUUAAAAGAAAAAGUUUCACAAUUGCCCACUAAUAAUUGAGCAAUUGUGAAGAAAUGUUAAAAGCAUUAGGAAAUAUGUUUGAUUUGAACUUUCCAGUUUUUCAGUAAACAAUUUGCUGAGUCUAGUAAAAAAUACACAUAAAUUAUUUUGUUACUUUAAAGAUAAACUAAAGUCAUUUUUUUGGUGUACAGAUAGUUCUAACUGUGCUGAAUCUAUAAUUUAAAAAUUGUGCGUUUAAGUUAGAAGUGCCGCUGACUCUGAUCUUGCCACAUUAAAUAAUGAUAACUUGAAAAUUGUGCCAUUUUGAAUGGAACAACUGUAAUUAUGGAUUUAGCUCGGUAUCUGUACACCGAUUAUAGACUUCCGUUUACCUUUAAAAAAUUAGAAGGAUGCAGCAUUUUUAUCACUUCUAUAUUUUAUGUACUACCGUUUGUAUAUCGCAUGAAUAUGUUGGUAUGAUAUUAUAAAUAAUGUGAAAUACAUAAUUAAUCAUAUGUGUACAGAAUGUUGUGCUAUGUUGUACAGAUUACUUGCGUAUGAAAUAAACUGCACUCAAUAAAAA